AUGGCCACCCAGACAUUCCACCAGUUUCCCAUGCUGCCGGGGGAGUUACGAGACCAAAUCUGGGAUCUCGCAGUUCGCCCGCCCGGCUACCGAGGCGUCCACAUCUUCACCUACAUCGAUGAAAACGUCUAUCGCGACCAUCGGCCUACUUCUGACACGUUUCCUCGGCACCUAGCAAAGAAGAUGUGCGAUCCUCGCCGAUUCGUUGGCGCACCGACUCCCGCCAACGACAUAUCCCCGCACUCCUGGACCGCGGGUAAUCCGUCAACGUACGCCGUCGACGGAGGCCUCCUCACCGCCUGCAAAGAGUCUUAUAUGGCAAUGUGCCGUCGCUAUAACGCCGGAAAGUGGUCCAAGUAUGUCGACGCUUGUUCAAAAGUAACGAACCCGAUACAACACUCGCACCUACCGGAAUUCACUGUAAAAAUAGAUGAAUUCCCGGCAAUGUUCAGCGUCGACAGUCGUGGAAGCCCCCAGUGCUUCAUGGUUCUUCCCUGCCAGGACCUAGUACUUCUGCAGGUGUGGGACGUCAUCAUAGACACUGAAUGGGUGAUAACCAAGCUCCUGCCAUUUGCACCCCGGCUAGUCGGGAGCAGCAUGGUCAAACACAUAGCCCUCGAAUUCGACAGUUCAUUGACCAUCGAUGGCCUCCGAGAAUAUCAGUAUUUUUGGAGACGCGAUUUUAACAACGGACUUAAAGGAAUUUACCGCAAUUAUCCCGAUAACAUGGAUAAAACGACUUGGCUGAAAUAUCACGGGCUGGUUUCGGCCAUGAAGAGUUGGACGUCAUCCCCGGAUACGAGGCUCUGGCUCGUCGAUCGUCGACUGCGCCAAAAGCAAACCGUCCUCGACGCGCAGGCAUCGUACUAUGUAUUGGAAAAAAUUGAUGAAACGAGCCACGAGCGUCUCGUUUUCGAGGCCGAAGACAGCACAUACUUCGGUCUUCCGAAUCUCUGCGCUUGGGAAUUUUGCGAGUACGAAGAUAAGACGAACGAAACGACGACAAUAUGGGAGUUCAUAUCCGUGUUGGACGAUAUUGCCGGGUAUCAGCUAUUGAAAGAGAGAGACCAACAUUAUCAAAUUGGAGCCCAUGCUGACUUCCAUACUUUCGGGAUCUUGAUUUGUGAGCCUAAGCAGUAA